AGGAACAUUGACACCAGUGAUAUUCUUUGUUGUGACUAAUACAUCCCCAAUACUCGUCUAUUCCAACAUGAUUCAUAACAAUCUGUCAGAUCACAAGGGGUAGCUUGGAUUACAGGUCAACAUGUUAACUUUAUAGUCGUAAGGUUAUCUAGUCUUGCUUCCACCACCUCAGAAAUAUCACCACUUUUCUUUCAGUUUCACUCUUUGAGAUACUGAAUAUAUCACACAGUUCAGACUCCUAACAACAACUAAGAAAAGAGAACAAAAUACACCAUUGGUGUUUUAUUUGCCAAUAUCCUCAUGUUAUUCUUGUGAUUCAAUUAACAUCAUUCAUUGUUCACCAGUUUUUUUGUUGUUGCAAGCAAAUCAAAUAAAUCAAAUAAUUAUUAUAACAUGUUUAUAUACACCAAGGUCUCUGUCUUUGCUUUUUACAUCAGUUUUGUUUACACAAAUCCUUCUAAUGUUUGGAAAUAGUUAUCAUUUUAUUUUCAAUUUCUGUGUGUGUGUGUGUGUGUGUGUGUGUGUGUUUUGUGUGAAUGGAAGUGGUUCCUGCUAGAGUUCCCCUGAGCCCGGGGUCUGACGUCACUCUCCCAGAAUGCAUGGCUUCCAGCGCGGCGCCCAGCAGUCCAGGCCCGGACUCUAGAAACAUCUCUAAAACUUGCUCCAAAAUGUCGACAUGGAGACGGAAUGGAGGCUGGAAGGAUAGCCGGACUGAGACUCAUUCGGUCUCUGACGAUGCCAAGCUACCUCUGUGAUUCUGCUGCUGUGACUCUGGCUUUCAGAGCUGCUGAAUACUAAAAUAGACUGCAGGACAACAGAAGAGCUUUUCACAGGAAAACACACAGACCCAGUCAGAGCUUCCAAAGCUCCUCAUCACCACAGCCCUUUUGGGGUUGCUAUGGCAGCUGCUGUCACAGAAACCAAGUGCUGGACACAGGCUUGCAUCAGUAAGGCAGGACAGACCACUAGUCAUUGCCACAAGAGAGCAUCAAACCGUGAACAAACAGCACUUAUUAACAGCAUUAAUUCUAGCACUCUAAGUUUACAAGACGACCAGAGGUCUGCAGGCUGAUGCUCGGCUCUCUGGAGGAUCCUCAUGAGUCUUGUCUGUGUCUGCUCAGGCUCUUGGCCAGGGUCCCUGUGCAGCCGCACAGCCAGUACUGUUCCUUCUGUUAGACCAUGUUUCACCAGCAGGACCAUCUGAAGAGCCAUCUGCCAGACAGCCACACAGCCAGCAGGCAGCUCUUCCACUGCCAGGAGUGUGGGAAGCAGUACAACACCCAGCUGGGCUACAGACGACACCUGGUGGCAGCCCACAGUGCUUCAGCAGGCCUGCCCGGUCCAGAGGGGCCCCCCUCGCUGCUGGAGCACCUGGGCAGCCAUAUUGACAGGCCUCCACCAUCAGAGGGCAACAAUAACACUGCUGUGCCUGUGAGAGAGAGGAAGUACUCGUGUGAGCGAUGCGACCGCCGUUUUUACACUCGUAAGGAUGUGCGGCGUCACGCUGUGGUGCAUACCGGGCGCCGGGACUUCCUGUGCCCGCGAUGUGCACAGCGCUUUGGACGAAGAGACCACCUGACCCGCCAUUUGAAGAAGAGCCACGCGCAGGAGUCAGGGUUGAUGCCACCCUGUACACCCAGCACACCCGUUGCUACACCGACCCCUGCCCCCCAGUGCCCUGUGAAGGAGGAGCCUAGCCCUGUGGUCUCUGAUAUGGGCUCUGUCUCCAAGGAGCCCAUGGAGCCUUUCUCCAGGGACAUGUACAACUCAUACCCCAUGACCAAUGCUGUCCCUGGGAUGGGUCACCCUCAUGGCCUCAUGCAGGGGUCAUUGUCCUCGAGUAUGGGUGUGGCCCGCCACAUGCCUCCCCAAUCUUCUCACCAUCACCACCUACAGCCUCCUGUGGCCUCGCAGCAGCAGCAGCCCUACAGCAACAUGGCCAGGUACCAGCACGGAUCUACCUCAUAUCCUCGCGCCGACGUGGACAGUUUCCUGCUGGACCUGCAGAGUGUGCCCCCACCUCACCUAAGUGCAGUCAACUCUUCUACCUCUACUUCUGCCUCCCCUCAGAGGGAGGUGCUGGGUGAAGGCGUGGGUGCUGCCAGCGACCCCCAUCUGCUGUCCAGGAGCCCGGCCAUCUCCUCCACCGAGCUGUCCUGCACCACUAACAUGGACCUUGGGCCUCUGCUGGGCUUCCUGCCCUUCAGCCUGCCGCCCUACAGCCCUCACAUGGGGAUGGGGGGGUUAGUGAUGAGCUAUCCACCCGCUACCACCACCUCCCCUCCAUCCUCUUCCUCUGGGCUGUCCAGCCAGGCUCCAGGGCCGUUCACCUUCUUCCAGCCUUCACAGGCUCAUGUACCACAGGGCCCGGGAGCCCAUAACCACAGCCAGCUACCUCAGGCAUACAGCAGUCCUGCUAUGAGCACUUCUAGCUCCCUACCUCACUACUACCAGGCCUUUCAGCAGUAAGCAGCUCUGUCCCCACAAACGCUGCCUUCACAGGCUUUUUCAUGAAAAGGGUAAAAAUGAGAAUGGCAUCUUUAUUGUAUGUGUGACUUUAGCCUGUCAGUGCUAACGAUGCUAAUCUAACUUUUUUUUUUUUAACACAACAAAUCACCUCAUCAGUAUUACCUCAUUAUUUAAAAAGGAAUCUUGAACGUUUGAGGAAUUGAGAUGGUCUCACUACAACCAAAGUAGAGUUCUACUUUUUGGUCAGACCUGUUACCAACAGUGGAUGCACUUAACACACUUGUCACAGGCGCUGCACAAUGCUGGGAGUUAUCCAGUUUUAGGUUAUCAUGGGAAAUGCUACUGUGUUAGGGUAUGUCACCCUCCUUCCUAAAGAAGACUUGAGAUGUUCUCAUUUUAGAAUAUUGGAGCAUGAACGGUCUUGUAGAGCAAGAAAAAGUUGGUGUAAGAUGUACUCCGUUUGAGUUAGUGAAAAAAACCAAUAUUGAGAAUGCCAACAGCACUGUCUGUGUAGGAAAUCUGGUGGCUAAGGGUGCAAUGUGUCAUUUAUGGCUUGAAUUUUAGUUGAAAAAAAAAAAGAACUUGCAUUAUCAACAUAACCUGAAAGCUUACUUAGUUGACAUGUCAAAUAUGUUGCAGAGCUUUUUACUGAAGUUAGCAUGCUAAUGAACUAGGCGCCUUUACAAACCUAACCUGUAAAGCUAGUCCUGUUUCUGGGGGGUCUCGUGUGGCACUGUGGGGCCAGACUACUACAGGGCUGCCCUGAGGGCUUGUCAUUAUACAUCUCUCUAUAAAUCCAAAUGGGCAGAACAACAGAGGAUUCACAGCUUGGCUGACCCUGAUCCCCACUGGGAGGCUGCUACACCAGGAGGAGCGCUCAGGGAGGCAGACUACAGUCAGCAGUUGUAUUGAAUUCAACUAGAGCGCCCCCAGCGCCCGUUGUGGGCCACAACUGCUGUCCUGUCACAGGUAGAUCCAGGGUCCUGCUGUCUGUGUCCCAGUGGCUGCGUGUGGCUUUGACUGAGGUAAACUACAGGCUGAUGCAACAUGACAACAUUAUAAGGUAGCAGUGGGUUUUUGACCCACUGAGUUUUGGCAGUUUACUUUGAUUUGACAUAUUCUUGCCCUACUGUUGGUUAGUAGGCUUUUUCUGUUCAUAUUGUUGACUGGACAUUUAGAUUGCAUGAAGCCAGUAUUAGAGGUGCAAUUCUAGCCCUUCAUUCUUUGGAGCAGGUGGCUUGACCUUACACAUUGCACCUUGUUAACUCUCCAAAACAUGUCAUCUAGGGACAUCAAUAUUUCACGAGACGAGAAUUGACCAUUGAUGAAAUUAUAUCAACAAUUAUUUCAAGUGUUGUUCAUUCAACCCUUUACUGUGUUUGGCCAGAAAUUCUCCAAAAAUGAAGUGCAGUCGAUAACAUAUACAGUUAACAACAACUGUGAAGAUUGACUGCACAACUAUUAUUAGUUAACUGAACAACUAGUAACUGUCAAAUGUCACACAUGUUCAUAAUAAUUGAACUGCAAAGGCAUUUUAGUAACAUAAUCUAAAAUGAUGAUGUCCUAUCUUGAAACAAUGCAACAAAGUAGCUCUUUGCCAGAGUCCUCGUUGGAAGCCUUAGGAUUGUUGGGUGAUUUGAGGUUAUAUCACCUUGGUGAAACAAUCUCUAAUGCUAAAUAGCUACUUUUUGUUGGCAGUAUUACCUAUUAUAACUAGAUUGAAAUGCACUUGCGUUUCAUUUGAAAUAUUACAGGCCUUUAAAGCUUGAAGUCAUGCCAAAUCACAGGAGGAGGAAAGCUGCUGCACCACUGCUGUCAACUUUGUUUGAAUGGUAGGGUUUUAAAAAGAAAAAUAGAAUGUUUUACCUAUACCGCACAACUUGACUGGAUUCUACAAGAAGCUACCUAUGGAAUCCAGUCUGAAAUUCCCUCAGAACUUGUAUCUGCUAACAACACUAGUCAGCACUCCUGGCAUCCUCAGGGAGUCUUACGCUGUCUGAUGAACAGGGCCUCAGAGAGCAGGGUAGCAGCGGCUUGUUGUGUUUACCUUGAAUCCCUGAAUCUGCGCUGUUAAAAGGUCAAACAGGGAACUCUGAAAUGUACAUUUGCCGACUCUGUGCUAACCAGGUCACUGGUCUCAGGGUUGCUGCCCAUGUCCCACAACAUACAUAUGCCCUGUAUUGGAGCAUGGUGGGAAUGAACCCUAUUAGCCAUUGCAGCAAACCCACACUCGGUGUCAAUUCAAUUUGUUAUAGGAGUUAUUGAAUGUCUGCGUCCAGGAUAAGGCCAACCCCAACUGUGACAGUAAGAUGAUCUUGAAUCAAGGCUAGAUAAAUAUGCUCAAUCAGAAAAUGUGGCUAUGACAUGCUGCAAAGAUUUGACAGCGCUUAAAACACAUCUGUGAAACAUAAUUGUUCAAAUCCCGCCAUGUGUCAAUCAUAGCACUACAGCCUUGGGUAAGUAAAGCACUUGACAAUAUGUUAAUGAAUCUAUAUUUGAGUCUGAAGUAGAGGUCAUCCAGGUCUCUACUUAUUUUCCAUAGUAAAAGGUAGCAACCCUAGCUACUUAACCUGAAGCACUUGAGAUCAGCAUUGUGAUUAGGCAGAAGGAAUAGUCCCAACCCUCCCUGUUACCUGUUCACUUCUUUUCAUGUACCCGGGCUGAACCUGUGACCCGCUCUCCGUGAGGGUCUGACAGUAUUCCUGAAUGGAACGCAGCAUCAAUUCUACAAAGGACUUCCAGAGCACUUGAACCAUUUUCCUAUCUCUUACUAUGUUACUGUUGGGGUUAACACCCAUCCACAAGGCUGGGGUGCUGGAUCUCAAGAGUAUCUGAUGUCAUUCAUACUAAAAGGUGACCCCCCCCCCUCUCCUGUCUCUGAUCCAAACCAGCAGCCUUCUCAUAAUGGAGGCUCCACUCAUGGCGUUGGUCUGUUAGUGGAGAUGAUGUGAGUGAGGAUAGAUGAUAUCCGAAAGAAGAUGCUCUCCCUUCUGCCUUAACUCCAUGAACUGAUUGUUGAAGGACUUCUCUCACUAGCAUUAUUACCGGCCUCCAAGUGUUGCACCGAUGUCUUAAAAUACUACUGUUGUGCCUCUCUAAGAGUGUCUAAUCUCCUGACUGGGUUUAAGCACUUAUGACAUUUCUAAAAAAACAAAAGGAUGAAUUUGAUCUGUACCUCAAACACGCAGAAGUGUGGGUUUCUGUUUUUAUUUGUUUUUGCUUCUAGUUAUUUUGGCUCUUAUUUGUGCCAUUAGAUUGAAACUAUAAAAGUAGUUUAAUGAAUCUAAACUCCUUAUCUAGCUACAGACGUUGACAUUAUAAUUUCGUCAAAUUUUCUACCUCUACAUUUUUGUAUAUCUUUCUGCAAGAAUCAUUAGAAAUAGUUGUAACUUGUUAGGCAGAUUGGACCAUGUUGAAGAUGCUCAUAUGCUCCGAGUUCCUCUCUGAAGGGCUGGGUACACACAGGUCCUGGUGGUGUAUCCCACAGCCAGACAUUGUUCUCUUUACUUGCCUUUAAUGAUAUUUCUACUUAUGUACUACCUCAGAGAAGAGACAGGUGACUGUCCAUCUAACUGCAGAGAAAAUGUCUGUGUAGAGUUUUAUUUUUGUCAGAUCAAGCACAUGUACUUUGUAACUCAAUAGUUUUUUACUGAGGGUAGCUCACAGCAGGAUGUUGUAGCACCUUGCCUGUUGGCUCCUCUGCAUUUGUUCCGUCUCAGUGCCUCUGCCUCUUCAGUCUGGAAUGUUCACUCUGUUUAGAACCGGGUCUCUGUCUGAACCAAUACCACAGUUGCAUGUCGGAAUUUCACAAACACAUUGAUUGACUUUGAGGAUUUUCACUGUGAACGACAUCAUGGCUGCUCCUGCGUGCUGCAGAGUGAUGAAGAAGAAUGCCUCUGCAUCAUGGCUGCUCCUGCGUGCUGCAGAGUGAUGAAGAAGAAUGCCUCUGCAUCAUGGCUGCUCCUGCGUGCUGCAGAGUGAUGAAGAAGAAUGCCUCUGCAUCAUGGCUGCUCCUGCGUGCUGCAGAGUGAUGAAGAAGAAUGCCUCUGCAUCAUGGCUGCUCCUGCGUGCUGCAGAGUGAUGAAGAAGGAUGCCUCUGCAUCAUGGCUGCUCCUGCGUGCUGCAGAGUGAUGAAGAAGGAUGCCUCUGCAUCAUGUCCUGAAAACUGACACUGGAAAUGAUGAUGGACAUUUGUCAUUAUUUUCAAAGAUGAAUGGAGCACUAGAUAAAUAAGCAGCUGCAUCUGGUAAUCAUUGGCUUGGGGACAUCAGUUUGGAAAUCCCAUCUUUGCAGUUUCACACAAGGCCAUAUGGGACCCCGGACAUUCAGGGCCCCUUGAAGGCCCCAAAUGUCAUGGUGUGUUUACAGUUUAUGGUAUUUUGAUCUUUUGCAGAUAUGCACAACCAAACAAUGAUAUAAGCUGGACUGCCCUGAUGAUGUCCUUCCAUCACACAUGCUCUCUGCCCUGCCUCUACAGCCUUGAACCAGUCCCAGAGCACACACACACACUGACACAGGCUAACUUACAUCAGGAGCAAUACAUGCCAAACACACUUAAACACAAUGGCACUUUGGGUUCAGUAUCUUGCCCAAAGACGACUCAAGACUUCAGGUGCCUGGGAUAGAAUCACAGAGCCCCUCCUGAGCCCCCACACAUUGUCAAGGCAGGCAUAAUAAACAUUGAAGUGGUGGUGGAAGGUACUGACAUGAUGAAAAAAGAUGAUUUUAAUAUAGGUCAAAAAUCCAUUGCUACACGAUGUUGUCCAUGUGGGCGGCCAGCAGCAACAUGUUGCCCAGUAGAAGGACACGUUAGAGGACGGGACAGGGAACAUGUUGGAGCAUUCCAGACUGAUGGUGGAAGAGCAGAGGACCCCGGAUCAUUUCACUUAAGGAUCCUCCAGGGCUGUUCCGGUGUGUUGCAUUUAGGUCGACACCUUUAACUUAGAUAUAUUUUGCAUUAGGUGUUUGUAUUAUCAUUAAAUAGAUUUUAGAAGACAGUGAAAAGAAAAUUUGUCAUUUUCUGAUUGUCUGAACAUAAAGUAAUACAAAAAUAAAUAAGUCUUUAGAUUUCCACUGUG